AGUUCCCUGGCAAGCAGCGGUGUUCUGCUUCUGCUGGUCACAAGCGCUGCGGUGGCGAGAGCCGCGGGCCGCCCGAGGCUCCGCUGCUGGCACAGCCCCCCGGUCUAACGCAGAGAGAAGCAGCUGCUCCAGAGCACACCAGAAUUAAAUAACUAGCCAGACAGAAGAGGUCAGAAGAGGUCUGGAGCUCCAUACUUGGGUUUGGUUCAUCCCACGGUCGGAAAUCAGGACUUCACUGUGUAGGCAUCUAUGACAAACACGAACCACCAGCGAAUUUAGAAAGGUCACCCAGGCAAAGAAGAGGCCCUGUGCCUGAGAAUGGAAGGCUCUCUAGACCCUUAACACCUUCAUGAAUAGCACCUCAACCGUCAAAGCGAGAAAGGAGCAAAGACAUCGUAAGAUGUUCAACUGGAGCACAAACUCAUCAGAAAACAACUGCUCUCACAGCACAAUAAUAACUAAGAAAGCCAUUCCACUGGUUUACUGUUUAAUUUUCAUAGUAGGACUCUUGCUGAACAGUGUGGCAGCAUGGAUCUUCCUGUUCGUUUCCAGCAAGAGCAGCUUCAUCGUCUAUCUCAAAAACAUCGUUGUUGCCGAUCUUCUAAUGAGCCUGACAUUUCCUUUCAAAAUUCUAGCCGAUUCGGAAAUUGCACCUCCGCAGCUCAACAUUUUUGUGUGCCGAUACUCUGCUGUUGUUUUUUAUAUAAACAUGUAUAUUGGAAUAACAUUUUUUGGCCUCAUAGGUUUUGACAGAUACUACAAAAUUGUAAAGCCUUUAUUUACCUCUGUUGUUCACUCAGUUAACUAUAGUAAGGUUCUCUCUGUAAUCAUAUGGCUAAUAUUAAUGUUUUUAUCACUUCCAAAUAUGAUUUUAACUAACGAAAUCACUGAAGCAAAUUAUUCUAGAAAAUGUAUAGGUCUUAAAAGUGAGCUUGGCAAACAGUGGCAUGAGGUGUCGAGCUAUAUUUGCAUUGGGAUUUUCUGGAUUGUGUUUCUUCUGUUAAUCAUUUUUUACACCUCAAUAUCAAAAAAGAUAUAUAGCUCCUAUAAAAAGUUCAGAAAGAAUUCAGACAUGACGAAGAAGAAGACCAGUCGUAAUAUAUUCAGUAUCAUGUUUGUAUUUGUCAUUUGCUUUGUGCCAUACCACCUCUGCAGAAUACCAUACACUCUAAGCCAAACUAGCUCCCAGUUCAACUGCCAGUCAACAAAAGCUCUGUACUAUGCAAAGGAGUUUACUCUCAUCUUAUCUGCUGCAAACGUGUGUCUCGAUCCCAUUAUUUAUUUUUUCCUCUGCCUGCCCUUUAGAGAAAAGCUGUAUCAAAAACUGCAUCGCAGGCUGAAAACUUCAGAGUCACGGAGCUCCAGGCUGUGGUUUGCAGAAAGGAUUAUCCAACAGACCCAGUAAUCGAACUGAUCUGCUUUCGUCUCGUACGGAGCCAGGCACGAGCUCCCACAAAGAGGAACGAAGCCGCCCGAGGGGCUGGGAGCAGCGGACCGUCCAUCUCCCCCGGAGCAGGCUCCGCCGAGGCGGCACCACAAAGUGCAGCACGAGCCUGUCGGAUUCGGCCUCCGCCAGCCAAAGGAGGAGCACCGAGACCCCGAGGGUCUCUCGCAUAUCUGCCUGUGUCUUUGUACAAAGCAAAGCGCCUGAGACAAAGCACAGCUCAAUUCCAACAGGCGCAAAAAAGGAAUGAAAGAGAACUUAAAAAUCUGCACAGUGCCUGAAAAACCUUUCGCAGCAUUUAUAAAGCUAUAUUGGUUUCCGUAAGGAAAAUACCCUAUACAGUUAAGCAAUUAAACAAUAUGAAUCUAUUUGUAACCCCCAGAACUCCCAAGCAGAAAGGAAAAAAAAAGAAAAAAAGAAAAAAGAGAGAGAGAGUUUGUAUAAAAUACUGUGCUCAGUAUAUGGAAGUGUUUUAAGAGGAAUCACCUCACAAGCUAAGAAGCACGGUUAUAUUGUACUGUAUUCCUCAGGAUUUUCCCAGAUAGCAGGGUGUACACCAAGAGUGUUUAUACCAAACUGAGACUGUAAUAACUCUUUUUGUCGCUGCAGACAGAGGUAAGAACAUUAAGGAGUAGUUUGAAAGCAAACACACGUAGCUGUCUAGAAACUGUGGGAUAUAU